GAAGAAAGAAGCGGCGAUUUGCUGCUUGUAAUGUAGUAUCAAAUCUGUUUGAUUUUAUGGAAGAUUCUUCAUGGGUUAUGCAUCGCUUCGUUGGCUAGUUUAAAAAAAGUACAAGGAGUUACUGUUACUACAUAUAUCUAAGGGAUUGAAUGUGAACCUCAUUGCGUAUCCGAAGUAAUUCCCAUGUUGUAAUGCAUCGACACCAGCAACGGGCCGCAUCUCAACACAUCAACAAGAAAAACCUCAACAUCAAGGAAGCUCGAUAAACCAAGAACACGAAGCCUGCUCACUUCUCACUGCAGCCACAUCCGAUAAAGAUUGUUCCAGUACGUACUUGGUACUCCUAAAUGCGCAACUUAUAAAGCCCUGAUGCUAUUCGAUGGGAUGUCAUGCAUCGAAACCUCCGGUGGCAGAGCAGCGCCGAAGGCUCUCCCUUGGUUUCGUGGAUCCUGUGCAGGUAGCAGGAAAGGUGCUGAGUUCUAGCGUUACAUUCUAACAAGCUGUGUCAAGUUGUCAAAAUGGAAUUGAAAUUCGUGAAGUAGGUACGUACUGCGCUCCCUCAUUUUAAUGAUGUCCUGCCAAAGGAGAACAAGAAUGCAAACAGUCCAAGAAAAUAGAAGCUUUUUCUGUGUCUCUACAAGUAAAACCGUCCUUGUUCUCUGCUGUUUCUACAGUUGAACCCGACGAAAGAGCCGGGAGGAAAUCAGCGGAGUACGAGCGAGUUUUCAUCGCAAAGUCUGGAGGAGAUAUUGGAACAGCGACAUGGGAACGGCGGGAACAGUCGGGGCCCCUCAGAGAUUUUCAACGAGGGGGAACAUUAUGGCGAGAAAAUUGUAGUUGAUGAGGUUUUCGAUUUCGUCUAAGUAAAAUGUUGACUAAUGAGUAACAAGAGUAAUACUUUUAGUACUUACAUACAUACUGAUACUACUUAAUUUUUGCGCCACGAUCAAGAUAAUUUCGAUUCGUGGUUGAUGGAGGUGGAGCUUGUACAACUUUUACUAGUUUCUUACAAGUGUGAAGAUGGCGUCGUGAUGAAUACUAGUGCUGUAUUUUAUUGUUCUACUGGAAACUCCGGAAGCUUUGCCUCGAGAUCGCCUAGAAGUCAGUGAUUGAAACUUUUACUAAGUGCUUAGUCUUGAUGGUGCAUCUUCAUCUCUUUCGUUCAUUUGUGUCAUGGAGCGGCGCCCGUGCCAUUGAGUCGCGUGUCGGGGACGUCGUCGGUGAGCGGAGUAUCAGCUACGUUGAGCACGGCUUCGAGCAAGGAGAAUGCGAAAGACCAUCCGAAGGCAGCGAAUGUGAGCUAUCGCAGUGCAGCUCAACAACUCGCGGCCUCUGGGACAGGAACCAACAACAGCGCAACGCCAGAUUAAGGCUUUUGAUCAUCGCCUUGCAGCUUACAAACAGUCAGUUGUUCUUUGCGGUAGCAUUGAUUCCAGUCAUGCUCAUGGACUGACUCAACGACUGGAGGUGUUGUAGUUCUUCCUCCUAAACAGUACACGGGUAUUCUUAUACUCGAUCUAAAAAGUUGCGCAGAAACAAGAGAAUGCGUCAACAAGGAGUUCGCGCAGCCAGACUGCAGGGUCGACAACAGCAGGCUCAUCCACGGUCUCACAGCGGGGUGGAGGGCAAGGUGGAGGUCCGAGCUCAGAUAUCGGAGGCAAAAAUUAUGACGAACAAAUUGGAAGGACUAGGACUUGUUCAUCUUGUUGAAGAAUGAAAACACUCUCUCAUCGCAUUGAUUCGCACUAAGCCUGCAGAGACUAAGUAGAUUAUAAAUUUGGAUAAUACGAAGAAGAAUGGGAAAGCUUAGGCAGCUUGCCGAAUGGAUUCGCAUCAUCAACACGAAGAAGUUAGAUCUCCGGAGGUACCAUUACCAACUCACUAAGCCGAUUUUUACUAUACUUGUAGAUGUAGCAGUUUUAUUUCCAUCAAGAACGUGUCCACGUCCUCUGCAGCUCUAAAGCCUUCAGCAGAUGAGCGCUUCCGGUGGUGGAGGCAAGCCAAAACCCGGCGAAACAGCAGCCUCAAGCUCCAGCUCAUCGAAUGGAGGAGCCUCGUCGCACAAGAAUAUUUGGAUCGCUGGAAGUCAGACGGACGUAGAACGACAUCGAAGACAGUCCUUCACUCAGAAGACUAUACUGAAGAGCGGAGACGGCGAAAAGAUGUGGCGGGAAGGACUCGGCUUCGUAUGCAAGAAAGGACUUAAACCCGAAGCACCAAACCAAGACUCCUUCCUGAUUGUCAAGGUACUGUUGCUGGCUUUCGAUUUUCUUCCCAGUAUCAGCUCGAUUGUGCAUGAUCUCAGUACUUAGACUUCAUCUACUAGACAUGAAGAUGAAGUUAGCCUUGCAUCUUCUUGCAUAGCCAUAUUUAUAAAUAUGAUCCUUAUAUAUAAUUCCAGAGCAGUUUAUUUUUAUAGCACGCAUUGAUGAGCAUGGAGUGCAUGGAGCGGAGAUCUCUAAAGGACGCAAGAAGCGCCCCCUUUAGCUUCCUGCAGGUCCAUGCGAUCCAUGCACUCCAUGCCGUGCGAGCUGGAAAACCUUAUAAAUAACUGCGUAAUAUUCUCGACCUUCGUUCAGCCACGAAGUAUUUGGAUAUCUCGCUCCGGAGUAAUGAACAUGAGUGAUCAUGAAUUCCAUCACCAUGAGGACCAACCCUUUUCUACAAACACAGACUGGAGACGAUGUUUCGCUGUACGCCGUUUUUGACGGCCACGGUCCAUGCGGUCAUGAUGUUAGUGAAUUUGUGAAGAAUGAACUUCCCAAGGUUCUUUUCACAGACCCUUCACUACUGUCGAAACCUGGGGACGCCUUGAAAAAUGCCUUCCAACGAACGCAGCGCCUGCUGGAGCGUGCUAACGAAGUGGGUCACGUCAACGCACAGUUCUCGGGUAUAAUCUUGGGAAGAAUAUGCAACAGGAGGAGGUUCUUGUAGCUGAAGCUGUGGGCAUGAUGUCUUGCCAUUGAUAUUAAUCAUGAUUGUCAUUUUUACGUAGAAGAGGGACGAUAAGAAAACACCCCAGUAUAAUUUUUGUUGUUACUCAGGAACGACUGUAACAGUUGCGAUACAUCUGCAUUUGCAGGAUGAGUUAUGGAUCGCACAUGUGGGCGAUUCACGAGCAGUCGUUGGACGCAGAGGUCAGGUGGAGGAUACAGCAUCAGCCCGGGGUGAAGUUAGGGCUUCCCCUAAUCCAUGUCCAUCUCUAUAGGGAUCCCGCAGCUGUAUGCACCAACAUACAAGGGAGACGCUAUGGCGCAUUCUUGCGGGAUCCCUACAAGGAUCAGGAUGGAUUGAUGGGACUCUAAUGAAGGUGGUGGUGCCGCAGCGCGGAAAACGCAAACAGCAAAAGUUGACUAUCUCGCGACACAGGGCAGCUCGCAAGGGCUGCAGGUACGAUUCGAAAUAAUUACCUACACUAAGAAAUAUAGAGCUUAUAGGAGAAAAACGAGACAGGUGAUUUUGACUACGGUUUCACGUUUAUUGCCUGCAAUAGGGCACACAAGAAGAACAACAUAUAAAAGAGACAAAAUAGGAAGGUUUCGGUUUGCUCACGCUCACCUCUUCACCACCCAAUGCCACCCAUCAAACACAAUCAGCUUGUUGCACCUGGUGGACAAACUAAUGACACUGGGCCGGGCAGAGGAGGCAAGAAUGAACUUUUUGCUGUGGAUUUGACCCACGAUCACAAACCGGACGAUCCUCUGGAGCGCGAACGUAUUGAAUCAAGCGGCGGUCGAGUUAUCUUUGACGGUUUCUAUUAAGGCGUCUGCCGGGUCAAUCAUGUGGGGAAAACUGAAGUAAGUAGUUAAAGAUCAAAGGGACAGCCGGGUCACCAUCUACUAAGAAUUUAAUAGUAAAUAUGUCUUAGCUAAAAAAUAACAAGAAGUGAAACCAGGAGGAGUACUCCAUUGAUCCUCUAAUUCUCCAAUUAUCGUGUAUAUGCCAGAUCAGGCAAAUACCCAGGACUGAACAUGAGCCGAGCACUAGGUGACCUAGCGGGAUACUACGAUGCGGGGAUAUCAGCAACACCGACUAUCACCUACUACAAACUGUCGGGUACCGCAGCAACGGGCGGCAAAAUGGAUCAUGAAGUUGGGCUGAUGGGCCAGCCAGCAGCUAUAAACGGACAACAGCAGAUACCAGGAGCUAUUGUAAUUAUUCGCAGUAGACGUUACAUGUCCUUGUCCUCCGGCAGGCUAAUCCCACUCCUUCUUAAUCAAAAGUUUUUUGUUCAGGGGUUAGUGUACUCUAUGACCUACUUACAAUCUAGUCCUCUCAUCAUUAUUCGCACUAGAAGUUGAUGUCAUCACAACCUGUAACUUCUUCAUGAUUGCGGCGGUGAACAAUAACAUGUUCAUGUUGAAAUAUAUUCAUGCUUUUUGUCUUUUACUCCUUCUACUCUUACUCAAUUACACGCUACUCUUCCAGUCGCACUACAAUCACCAGCUGCCUACGACAUCUGCGAGCGAGCCGGGGCAUCGCGGUCAUGUUGACGUUUUUUGUGACGGGGGAGUGCUCGGCUCGGACGAGUUUCUUUUAGUGUGUAGCGAUGGUGUUUGGGAGUUCAUGAGCUCACAGGAAUGUGUCGAAAUGGUCGACACAUACAUCAGGUAUCUAUAUCUAUUUUACCGUAUUUUUGUUUCCAAAAACAAGAAGUGCUUCUCAUUUUCUUUAUUUAUAUAUACGUUGUGUCAAACUCAUUCUUCACAUUUUCAUCGCCAGGAACGUCGGUGAAUGCGCGGAAAUUGUGGCUAAGGAGUGUUGGGAUAGGUGGUCGCGGCGCAUGCUAGGUCAGGUUGUGGACGAUAUUACAGCUGUCAUUGUAAAAUUGUGAGAGUACUAAAUGACUAGGUGGCGGAAAAGAGAAUUCGUUUUCAGUGGGAGAUUAGGUGAGAGUGAGCAACCGGUUGGCGAGGUUGGAUGUUCUGUUCGUGAAUCUUCCAAAAUAAUUUGGUGACUACUUUAAUAUGAUUCUAUUGCCGUAAGCUUGAUAGAGAUAGAGACAUUUUCUGUAAAGUUUGCAGAGAAAGACCAUCCUCACCAAGAAAGUAAGGCACGACUGCAAGUACAAGAAUAGGAUUUAAGAAUGUUAGAGUUGACAAGCCGUGUUUGGAUACAGAGUCUGUUAGAUAUAUGGACAUGCACAUGAGGGUUGCAACAUUAUGGACAGCGCGACUGAUAUGAAGGAGUUUGAUGGAUGAAGAUUUAUGCUAGAUUUUGAGAUGAAUUCUAGAAGCAACCAGAAGUAUGUAUAACUUAAUGGACAGACCGAAGCGGAGCGAUGUGAUAAUGUUUGGUACAAAGACGGGUCGAUGCUGAGAUUCCGCUCCCGCGAUAAAUGCUCAAUAGGCAAUAUACAGGUUCUCGGGCUGAUGAUUUGGAUUUCACACUACGUAGACGAGAGGAAUGAAUCUUUGAGUAUUUCAAUUGGUCGGAUGUGUAAUUGGUAGGUGGAUCGAAAAAAAAAUAGAAUGAAACUAGACUUCCACUUCCUCGUGGAACUUUGGUGGAACUGUUUGUCACGUCUACUUCUUAGUUUUUGAUACAUCAUGAAUGCGGAAUGGAGGGGAUUCUUGAUUUUGUGCUGGUUGUACUUAUUUUUUGAUCGGCACCGCAGAUCCCGGCGACGUGCGGUCCGUCGGCCGUUCGAGGUCUUCUGGUUAUCCUGAUGGGCAGUUUCACCAGCCGGCUGCGCUAUUGGUUUGGUUAUAAGUAUCUUAGAUUUUCUAGUAUCUCUAUGUUCAGUUUAUCAACCGCCAGCCCGAGAGUCACCGCAAUAUCAUGCGGUCCGACGAGUAGCUGUUCGCGCAACAGAGAGUAUCAUUAUGUCAAUUUUGAUUUACCUUGCUAGAUAUGUUGUGAUUCGAAGUCCCAAGUAACAAGUAUGUUGCUGUGCGUACUGGUAUUGUGUCCACCUUCUCACCCCACACGCCGAGGUACUUCUCUAAAUGAUCACAGACAGCUAGCGCUCUGGGCACGAAAGAAUGUCUAUCACCGAACCCGUGAUUUGAACUUCUCCUUUUCCGCUCACGAAAAUCGAUUUUUGCGCGUUGUAUAGAAAUACAUGAACGAACAUCAUUCACCAUGAUGGCUAAUAAUUAAACGGCCAUACUAUUUGAAUUUAAGUACUCGUCGUCAAAAUCAAAAACAAGAACAAAAUCAAUGUAGUUAACUUGUACUUACCACAUCAAUCAAGAUCAACAUGAUAGAUUAGUCUUGUUCUACCUACGCGGGAGCGCAUAGCAAGUUGCGGUGGUCGAGAGCGACGCGCAAUUCUCACUGGUCAUUUGAUGGCUGCAUCGGCUACCUUACCGCUGGGAUAUAUGAUUUCGUCGGACGUUCUGCAAUUAUGUGCUUAUUGUUUCUGAAGUUUUCCUUUAUUUGAUAGCAAACGUGUACACGAACAAGCAAUAGAACAAGUUGUUGUUGUGUACUACCACUAGUCUUGUUCACCAAUUCCAAUAUUAUAAUCAUGGGUCGUGUUGUUGCUUAGUGUUGUUGCUUAGGAAAAUCUGCUAUCUCGAUUCUCCGAAUCGAGCCACGCUGGAGUCCAGAAGAUGUCCAAGUGUCUCGAAACGUGUUAUGAGGGCAUGGGGGAUGUUGCCAUAGAGGAAGAUAGCAUGGAUUGGACGGAAACUAUUGUUCUCUCGUCUUGUUGCUAAACAUAGUUCAUGUUUUAGCUUUAGUCUUCGUCAUUCGAUUACAAAUGCUCCUUUCGCUAUCGUUGGGUACACACUAAGUAGUUGUAUUUGUCAGUGUGGUUUGACUAUGAUAUUGAUGAGUUGUAAAAUUUGUUCGACAUUGAAGUAGAAGUACGACUGGAAUUUUGUCAAGAAGAUAGUUUCGUUCAAUGAGUUACGCGUUCCUUGUUGAGUUCAUUCACAUGACAGGACAUUCUCAGUUUUGUUGCCUCUUCUCCCACUAGGGAAAAGAUUCUCCUGCCACUAGCAGAUCGGUGACCUCUUCGAAAACUAUGAUCUACAGGAGGAGAGCGACCAUAUUUCCUCUCCGCCCACGACAUAAUUCGCAGCUGGGCAAAAACGCAAGAACGGGAACCAGCUUAUAGCUUUGGUUAUCAUGAUAAGAAGAUGCAACAUCAAUCAUAGGAUAUGUUCUUGCUUAUCAGCAUCAUCUUCAUGCCGCUUCUCGCGUUAGAUGUCAAUCAAAAGUCGUUUGCAAUAGCACACCUUAUAAUUCUUGAACCUUAAUCUCCUGACCCCUUCACUCGGUAAAAAUGAAGACGCCCUUCGAUUCUCUGGUAUCUUCUUAGAC